AUGACCGAGCCCUGGGGAACACCAGUGACAUGCGAGUAUGUGGUGCAGACACAGAUCCUCUCCAUGUCACCUGAUAGGAUCGGCCUGCCAGCUCCAUUCUCUCCUCUCGGUAGUGAGACCGUGGUGAAGUUUGAUCCCUAUGGCGACGGGAUGGGACGCUACAACAUCUUCAGUUACCAGCACAACGCUGAUCGCUACGGAUACGUGCCCAUCGGUGAGUGGGCAGAGACUCUGAGUCUGAGCAGCGAUCUGAUUCGCUGGCCAAGGGAGGUGGUGCCCCCAUCCCAAUGCAGCGACCCGUGUGCCCGCAACGAGAUGAAGAAGAUGCAGGCUGGAGAGUACUGUUGUUGGAUCUGUACGGCGUGUGAGGCUCAUGAGUACCUAGCUGAUGAGUUUACCUGUUCACCCUGCGCCCCUGGCCAGUGGCCCAGUGAAGACAUCACUUCCUGUUACGACCUGCCUGAGGACUACAUAAUGUGGGAGGACGCCUGGGCUAUCGGACCAAUCAGCAUCGCCAUUGUUGGGUUCCUGUGUACAUCUCUGGUGUUCUGGGUGUUUGUGAGACACAACAGCACACCCCUGGUGAAGGCGUCAGGCAGAGAGUUGUGUUACAUUCUACUGCUGGGUGUCUUCAUGUCCUACUCCCUCACCUUCCUCUUCCUGGCCAAGCCCUCGCCUGCUAUCUGCGCCAUGCGACGCCUCGGCCUCAGCACCUCAUUCGCUGUCUGCUACUCCGCCCUGCUCACCAAGACCAAUCGGAUCGCCCGGAUCUUCAGCGGGGUGAAGGACGGGGGCGGGACCACGAAGCCACGCUUCAUAAGCCCCACGUCUCAGGUGUUUAUCUGUCUCAGUCUGAUAUCAGUCCAGUUAGUGAUGGUGUCAGUGUGGUUGCUGCUGGAGGUUCCUGGUACCAGGAGGUUUACGUUACCAGAGCGACGGCAGACAGUGAUCCUGAAGUGUAACGUCCGUGACUCCAGCAUGCUGCUGUCGCUAGGAUACGACGUGCUCCUGGUCAUCCUGUGUACUGUGUACGCCUUCAAGACCAGGAAGUGUCCAGAGAACUUCAACGAGGCUAAGUUCAUAGGUUUCACCAUGUACACAACCUGUAUCAUCUGGCUAGCCUUCCUGCCCAUAUUCUACGUCACAUCCAGUGACUACAGGGUCCAGACCACCACCAUGUGUAUCUCUGUCAGUCUCAGUGGCUUCGUGGUGCUGGGCUGUAUGUUCGCUCCCAAGGUCCACAUCAUCAUGUUCCAACCACAGAAGAAUGUCACCAGCCUCCGCCUCAAUAUCAACCGCUUCAGUGUCAGUGGUCCUGCCACCACAUACGCUUCACACGCAUCAGUGAGUGCCCAGUACGUACCGACAGUGUGUAAUGGGAGAGAGAUUGUCGACUCCACCACUUCCUCUCUGUGACCACACCCACUCACCUCUCUAACCCUGCCCCCCAGAGACUGUUAGCAAAUAGGAACACAUUAUGUCCCCGUCCCCUCCUCCCACCACGUGGACUAGAACAGUACUGUUUCACGUCUGUAGAAAGUGUUUAUUAUUACAUUGUUUUCUAGUGCUGUACAUAUAAUGGAAUCGAAAUUGUUGUAGAGAAACAAAAGAACCAAAACAAUUUUGUAGGAGGAUUUUUUUAGCCUUUGUUUUGAAUAGUUUUGUUAAGACGAUGUGUACAUAUAUAACUGUGCACUGGGUUGUGAUAGGAGAGUGUGUGUGUGUAUGUGUGUUAGGGUUGUGAAAGGAGUGUGUGUGUGUGUGUGUUAGGGGUGUCUGAGAACAGAUGUUCUGUAGGGGUAGUGGCUGAGACAGCCUCACCUGCAAUAGCCCACAUACUUUGUACUCUUUUUUGUAGGUCUCAUUGUAAUAAGCCAGUCAGUAUGCAUUUGUAUGUAUUUGUAUGUUGUAUAUGUUGUAUCUGUAUAUAUGUAUAUAAUAUUACUCAUGGUUAGAACAGCACAAUGUUGACAGUAUUACAUAACUCCAGUAGGAUUCCCACUACUGUGGACUGACUGUGGAUGAAGCUCCCUGAGUUGGGCUGACAAGCCCAUAGGAAUAGAAAGUCUGGAACGGACAUAGUAUCCAAAUUUCAUAUAGUAUGUUGAAUCACACAUUUGCUCUCAUUAUAGCAUAUAGGGGGAAGGUAGCCUAGUGGUUAGAGGGUUGGGCCAGUAACUGAAAGGUCGCUGGUUCAACAUCUUCAGUUACCAGCACAACGCUGAUCGCUACGAUACGUGGCCAUUGGUGAGUGGCCGGAGACUCUGAGCCUGAGCAGCGACCUGAUUUGCUGGCCAAGGGAGGUGGUGCCCCCAUCCCAGUGCAACGACCCGUGUGCCCGCAACGAGAUGAAGAAGAUGCAGGCUGGUGAGGAACACACACACACACACAUAUAGGGCUUUAAGCAUAUCUAGUGACAGCACUAGUAGAAGUUCUGUUCGAGUCCCCGAGCCGAUAAGGUGAAAAAUCAGUCGAUGGAUAAGAGCGUCUGCUAAAAUGUAAAUGUACAAAAUAUAGCAGUAUAUAAUAUUUAUUGAACUUUCCAAAAGAUGCACCCAAUAUGGCAGCCAGUCCACCCAAUAUGGACCAUUGUUUUGAACUGGAAUGUCCUUUCUACUCGUUCUAAUUCUAUGGACCAGCCACUGUAUAGGAGGGUCCAAUUACCUUGAUGGCCAUAGUAACAGACAUGUGUACAACAACGCAACAACAUUUCUCUUUAACCUGCAUUUUCGGCACAAACGUUAGCAACAGUGUGACAACACAAGGUAGUUAAUUACAAGUGACUGUUCAAAGUCUUAACUGCCAUUAUUGUCAAUAUUAAAGAAACAUUGCAGAUGCUAUGCCACAACCCUAAACUCAGUCACUGAUGUUUCGUUUAGCAUUUAGAAACAUUCAAUCAAAUCGUUCCACAAGCACUGUUUGUAGAAAAUAGUUUGCGCUGAACAAGUGCAGUUGAACACGUCUUCCCUGCAUCCUUUAAACCAAUAGGUUGUGAGCCCUCCCUUGUCGAAGUGUCCUGUAGUCAUGUGAUGAUGUUCUAUUAACGGCUAUGUGCCUUAAAGGAACAUUCCACCCCAAAAUGAACUUUUGGUAUUUGUUUCAUUAGUCCAUUGUUGAUAAAGUCCCAAAAUGUAUUUAUAUCUUGAAAACAUGAUUUCUGACAUGCAAAACAUUUUGGGACUAUAUCAACAAUGGACGAAUGAAACACAUACCAGAAGAUAGUUUUUGGGUGGAGUUUUCCUUUAAUGUGUGUCUGCUAGAUUUAUGAUCCAGGUAGGGGCUGUGCUUAUAGGCAAAAAUCUAGGAUCAGCUUAGAUCAGUGUCCAUGGUUAAAGUCAUCCUACCCCCAGUGUUACUAUAUCCUCCCAAGUUCUCAUUGUUGAUGGGAGGUGGGAGAGAAAGCAGAUAUUUUGGAUGCUCUCGAAUGUCUUAAAUGGAAUCCUCUCCUCGUUUCCUUUCCUUCAUCCCACUCUUCUGUUGUGUGAAACACAGGAAGUGUCCAGGAGAAUGAGGCCACACCCCUCUCUGCUAACAGGUUUUACUGGGGUGUGAAAACCGCUGUUACACCCCUGACGCAGGUCACCAGUCAAACAUUUCCCCAAAGGCUAAGCAAUGGUGAAAAACAAAAAUAAGAGAGCGUUUCUGUGAUUGAGCGUUUGUGUAUGUGUGUUUUGCAGCAGGCAGAGAGGAGCUGGAUUAUGUAAAAGCGUCCCAUGGCCCAGGAGGCACAGCAUCAUGUUCAGCCCAGACACACACUAACACAGCCCAGAGAUUGGGAGGCUGUUGUCCCGAGGCUUAUGCAUUCACUCCCCAGCCCUGCUCCAACCAGAUACUAUACCUCCCAUUCGCUCCCCUCCCUGCAUGGCACGUUGCUAUGAACAACCACUGCCACAUCCACAAUUCCUUUUGUUCUGAUGUAGUGGGAUGGGGGAGUCGAGUAUGAAGAAGGGAGGAGGGUCAAGGAGGGGGAUGUUGAUUCAAACUCAAGUUGUCUUUAAUGAUGGGACUUGGCAGAAAACUCUCUCAACCAACCUACUCUCCACAUUCCCCCUCUCCAUCUAUCCCCCUCUCUUUGUCUCCCCAUAUUUCUCUGUCACCCAUGGCAGUCCCCCUUCACUCUCUUAUCUUGUGAAACUUUGCUGGUAUAUUUGUCAGCUCCAAGAUAGCUUAAGACAGGCGCUGUACGGAUCCUGAGCCCACUGCAACACGAUGCCAAGAAGGGCUCUGCGAGCCCGCUCCAUCAUGCCAAGCACAUACUGACUCAAAUACACACCAAGGACAUGGGGCUGUCACAGCAGGGGCCUUGAGGAGAUGGAAGAGGGAUAGAGAGAUUGAAAAGGAGGGUGGAGAUGGAGGGAGGGAUGGAGAGAGUCAGAAUGUGUUGCAGUCAGAUUGUGUGUGAGCUGUGUUCAACUCAAAGCAGUGGCAUUCUGUAAAAAUCAUGAGGUAUAAAUCUAGUCCCUUUUAAAAAUACUACUGUAUUAGUUAGCUUGACCAACAGAUGUCAGGGAUUGUAAUGUGUACAUAUGGGAAUAGGCUAGGAAAGUGACUGGUCAUUCACUAGCAAUGUAGAACAUUACAACAAAACAGUGAAGUUAACAGUCAGUCUUUUACCAUUAUAAGUGUCAAUGCUAAUGGUACCAACUCUGUCCAAAGGUGUCUUUAAUAAUGUUAUCAAAGUAUCUGUUCGCUUUCACAGCGUAUUCUCACCUGGAAUGGGUCAGUGAUCGCCAGAUUCCCAAGAGAACAACCCAGAACAUUCUGGAGUCAAGGUAGAAGUUGCUCCUAUAACCACAUAUCUAGGAUCAGAUUAACCUAUCCUCAAUCCUAACCUUAUCCAUUAGAGGAUGACAACGUAUCUGGAUCAGUGGUUAGAUCUGGGGUCAAUGUGAACCUUGACCUCUUUGGACUGGCCAAUCACAAAGCAAUAGAGCUCAUGAUACGUGCAAUAACGAGGACAUGAUGACAUCAUAAUAAACAAUAACAAAUGA